GUUGUUGAAAAAUAUCGCGCAAUGGCCCUUGAAUCGCGCGUUACACAGGAAGAAAUCAAGAAGGAAACUGAGAAGCCAAUUGACAGAGAAAAGACCUGUCCUCUUCUCCUGCGAGUUUUUACCACAAACAAUGGGCGGCACCAUCGACAAGAAGAAUUUGCCCGUGGCAAUGUUCCCUCCAGUGAACUGCAGAUAUACACAUGGAUGGACGCUACUCUGCGAGAGCUGACCAGCCUCGUGAAGGAGGUGUAUCCAGAGGCCAGGAAAAAAGGAACUCAUUUUAGUUUUGCCAUAGUCUAUCCUGACCUUCGAGGGAAAGUGUAUCGUUUUAAAGACAUUGGCAAUACAGUGUCGGGAAAGAAGUGUGCUGACGACUCCAUGACACUGCAGUCUCAGCGCUUCCAGAUUGGAGACUACCUGGACAUAGCCAUCACACCACCCAAUAGGGCCCAACCCCCUGGUCCGCGUAUGAGGCCUUUUUGA